AUGUAUUGUUCUGUGUAUGUGGAUGAUAUCUUGUAUGUUUUGCACAAGGAGAAGGAUGAGAUAAGCCUCCAUAACAGCCUCAAACAACACGUGGAUACAAAGUGUUUGGAGCCUGUAACUCAUUACCUAGGAACUGACACGAUACGUAGCGAAGAUGGUAGCUUUAUGUUGCGACAGGAAGAGAAAAUAAAGCAGAUGCUAGAUAUAUGUGGCAUGUCUGAAUGUAAACCAGUGAGUACACCCAUGACUGUUUCGUUCCAACAGGAAACAAACAAGAUACCAUGUACGAACCCGGAUCUAUACAGACACAUUAUGGGCAAGUUACAAUAUUUGGUGAAGGUAACAUGCCCUGACAUUUGCAAUGCAGUCAGCUUUUUAAGCAGGAAGGUAGAAACACCAACAGAACAUGAUUGGCAAGGCGUUAAGAGAGUGCUCAGAUACCUUAAGGGCACGAGCAAGAAGGGGCUGGUUAUGUCUGGACAAGGAAAGGGUGGCAUGGAAUGUUAUGUGGACGCAGACCAUGCGAGUGAACUAACGAGCCGUAAGUCCACCACUGGCAUUGUGAUACUACUACACGGGUCUGUAAUCGACUGGUGUAGCAGAAGGCAAGCGGUAGUUGCGAUAUCCAGCUCAGAAGCUGAAUACGUUAGUUUGUCUACCACGUGCAACAAACUGCAAUGGUUCGAACACCUAACACAGGAACUGUGUAUAGAAGUCAAGAAGCCGAUACUGGUUUAUGAAGACAAUCAGACGUGCAUUAGAUUGGCAAUGUCAGAAGCGAACACCAAGCGCACAAAACACAUCAGUGUAAGAUACCACCACAUAAGAGAAUGCAUACAGCAAGGAUUUAUCACAUUAAGUUACUGUAACACGAAUAAUAUGUUGGCAAAUGUCAUGACCAAACCAAUAUGUGAGGAGAAAUACAACCGAAUGGUUAUUAAGCUUGGUAUGUACUGA